AUGGAAAACGACGUGUCAUUGCUUGAACUCAAGGCAGUGGCGCAAUGCCCCAUUAAAGAAGCGGUACCCAAAGUUCUACAACUUGUCGUUGAUCCAAUUCUGGGCCGACCAUCAACCAAACUUAUCCAGUGGCUUGUUCAACACCAAUGGUUGAGGAAAUUGUGGAAGGCCUACCCAGUGGGGGGUGAACAAAAAGAUCUCGAUGACUUUACGAGAUUGAUCUUAUACCUCGUGGUGCAUGGUAAGGAUCCUAUAGAUCCAUACAUCAACACAUCUCAAUUUGAACCAUUGGUUACUCGUGUCAAAAUGAGUAAAGGUACGCCGUUGGUGUUCAGGUUCUUGACGUUGAUACAUCGAGAAACAUAUGUUUACGAUAAUAUCUCCGAGUGGAUUGGUGCAAUUGAGACCGAAAGCCCUGACUAUGUCGAGGAACUCCUACUUCUAUUAAGUGUUGGGAACUCAAGUCGACAUCUCAUGCUGUUAAUAAAGCGUACCCGCGUUGUGGCUCGGUGUCGUGCCCUUCAUUUUAAACAGUCCAUUUAUUUUCUUACCGAAGUUUUGCUCUACUACUUGAAUAUCCGCUCGGGGGUUUCUGAAUUCGAGCAAUUUGAGUUACUCCAGCUGAUAGUACACCUGAACUUUGGAGAAAGGUAUGCCGAGUUCAUUGUGAUUGCAAGCCCUCAAAUAUGGGGUCACGAUAACUUACGCAAGUUCAUUGAAAGUUUAACUAUCCAAGAAAAACAAACUAUCAUCAAGGAUAUCGAGCGUGGUGGUGAUUGCAGUAUGGCUCCUAAAUUAACGGAAUCUGUGAUGAAUGAAGUGAUCUACGCUUUUGUGUGCAUUCCCUUCGUAUCAGAGAGUCUGACAGUUGAGCCAACUCGAGCAACUGAGUUGGAGCUUUUCGACCGGUUUGGUGAUCCACGAUUAGAAGAGAAAAUCAACUUCAUUCUCCCAUUUGAGACGGCACCCUUAGACGAAACGGACUAUAUGAUCAGAACUCGGGUCUCAUUGUGGCAGCAAAGUUGUUUUGAUCUCUCUCGCCAUCUAGAGGCAGUUUUGAGUCGGUUUUUCGCUUUUGGGGCCUCCAAAUACAUGUUUCCCGUUACUCAUAUCAACAAAAUAGUAAGCGAGGAAUAUGAAAUUGAAACCCCUGCUCCGUUGCGAGGAAAACUGUUUUUUCUUUUGCUUGAAGUUGGGCCUCCGGACCCUCACGAAGAAUUGAGACGUUUGAGAGAUUGGGGUCUUAGUUUGGUACGCUUAUGCAAGGUUGAACCAAGUGACUCCAGGAAUGUGGUGUUCUCCUGCAAGAACUCCGAUCAGGUCAGUGGUUUUGAACGGCGCGUGAACUGGGUUGUAGUGAUGCCACCUGAUCUCAUUGGACCCGACCAGAUUAAAUUUUUGGAAACUAAAGAAUUCGCGAUUCCUCUGGUCCACGAAGCCGAAGAUGUGGUUGAAUCUUCCAUUUUUGCCAAUCCUCAGGAGAAUAACAAUCUUGAGCCCAAUGUUAAACGCGUUAAAACCGGUGGCAUUGAAACGCUGGGUACACCGCAUCUCCAAACAGAGGGUGUUUUUCAAAGCAUAGUGCAUAAUAAGUUUACGCUCGUUCACGAGAUGCUGAGAUUCAAUACCCUGGAUAUGAUCAUUGAGCGGGUUCUCAGCGAGGAUUUGAAACAUCGCACACUUGUUUUGACACUGAGCCAACAACACGUAAACUCGUUCAGUCACAACUCUCGAUGGAUUCGCUACGGAUCGGAGCAAGACUUGGCCGAUUGGCGUGACGAUCUCAAGAAGUAUAGGGAUCUUUUGAAAAGUCGUGGAUUGAUCGGUGUGCCGUUGGUUGAUGUUGCUGCUCAAUGGGAAGCGUAUGUCGAGAAGUACUCGCCAAAAGCUCCUGUGGCUGGUCUGAAACGAGGAGCGAGUCCUGAAGUUACUCCAGAGAAGGAGGUGGUCCAACAUUACCCCUUUUCCAAAGAUCUAUCAUCUUUCAAAGAAGUUGUUGCUGAUUACCAAGUUUUAUUUGAUGCGUACGUUUUGAUUGAUUUGCUUAAACCGCUAGAGCAUAUCAAAGUCGAUCCAUGGGAGUAUUUGUUCAACCAACGUAACGUGAUCAUGAGUAUUGAUGAUUACGUUAGGCUUCUGAAUGAUAUUAAUGACGCAAGUUAUCUUUCCAACCGCCGACUUCGAGGCUUCGACCAUGUUAUCGUUGUUAACGGACUUUUCUUUGCAACACCAAUUGCAUGCCCGGCCCAUGAAAUUCAAGUGACUAUUAUUGGAGGUUCUCAGAGUGACACUGUGCCAAUUUGCGACAUUAGUCUAGACGAUUCUUUGGUAAGACCUGAGUUUAUUGUGAACCCAAACGUGCCCAUGAUCCCGAUCUCUCGAGCUUUCAACCCCGGAUUCGUUGAAACUGCAUCUGUCAUCUCCUGUUCCGGGCAAAUCGAAAACGCCGAAUAUUGCGUGUUGUUGUUCCAAUACAUGCGUUUAUUGAAGUAUCCAGCCCAUCGGAUCACCAUUCUAGUUUCCACGCCUCGCCAUCAAGCAAUUGUCAAGGAAAUUUUACACAAUUUGUGUGGCGAAAAGGUUGCUCGUGAUGGCGACGACUUCCAGUACGGAUGGCCCGCUGGAGUUGAAUUGAAUGGCGACAAUCGUGUUCGAGUCAAUGACUAUGCCAUUAUAUCCCUAUUCGACGAACUGAAUGAGGACAUGGAGAAAGCAGUAGAAUUUUCAGACCCCAACGUCGCCAAGCUGAUGUACAUGGGACGCUUCGGUAAUUAUAUCGUAAGUCCAGUUGGCAGUUCGUUGAUGAUACAACCAGGAGAAACAUUUGAAUCAGUUGAGCGCAAGGAUGUCGAAACUAAUCUAAUCGCUUCAAAAGCCGACAUGCAAUCUUACAUCGCAGAAUUGUACAAGCUAGUCACAAAUCUGGGGUAG